AUGUACAAUGCUAAAAUGAACCCACAAUGUUCAAAAUGUAAAGCAGCAAUGAGGAAAUAUAACUACUCCGUCAAAGAGAUAGAACGUAUGCGAAACGACUAUGCAGAUUUAAAGAAAGAAGCAGAGAAACCAGCAGAAGAUAAAAUGGACAUGUUGACAUUUCUGAACAAAAACUAUCCAACAGCUGACGAUUUCCUUCUAUCUGAUGUCAAGAAGAAAUAUAAAGAAACAUUCGGCAUUGUGAAAACUUUUGACAUACUGACAGAAGAAAUAGAAGCUACAAAACUGUUUAGGAUUUCAAAUAUACAUCGUACAAUUCAUGUAAAACGUUUGUGA